AUGCCGGUCACUGUAUCUGCGCGUUCCAACAAUGGCCUCAAUAUUGUUCAGACAUGUUCUGCUGUUCCUUUCAGCAAUGGUGGUUGGAUCCUGGAUGGUCCAAGCAUAGUCCCAGGAAACUCCAACAGCAUUAACGGUAGUUUCUUCACCUUCACAGGAAUGCACGGAAUAUUUGAUGAGCCGGGAGUCCCAGCCCCGCCAUACUUUAAGGUAACGAAAGCUAGCAUGGCAGAGUUCCCGGCUCUGAAUGGGCAGAGUGUCUCACAAGCCGUGCUUCAGUUCCCAGCUGGUGCUGUUAACCCACCUCACAGCCAUCCGCGCUCUGCAGAUCUUCUUUUCGUCGUGGUAGGUAGUCUUGAAGUGGGAUUCGUUGACACCUCGAACAAACUCUUCACUCAAAAGCUCCAAAUGGGGGACAUGUUUGUGUUCCCUAAAGGACUAAUUCACUAUCAAUACAAUGCUGAUGGCCAAGUACAAGCCAUAGCCAUCUCCGCCUUUGGUAGUGCAAAUGCCGGGACUGCUGCUCUUCCUGCCACUCUCUUUGCCACUGGCAUUGAUGAUGGAAUUCUGGCCAAGUCCUUUAAAACUGAUGUUACUACCAUUCAGAAGAUCAAGGCGGGUCUCGCACCCAAGGCUUAG